AUGGCUACCACAACUGAGACCAUAACUCUGCCGUACGUUCAGGCGCCGGAAACGUCUGCGUCUCUGGACUGGGCAGACCUCGUUUCCUUGGAUCUCUCCAAGUUCGACCUCCCAGGCGGUAAACAAGAACUGGCAUCGGAUCUGGCGAAUGCAAUUGACAAGAUUGGAUUCUUCUCCGUCGUCAAUCAUGGCCUGAGCCGAGAAGACAUCGACACCCAGUUCGCGUUAGCCUCGUCAGUUCUUGGCCUCUCUGACGCAGACAAGGCACCAUACCGAGCGGCCCUCGAAGCUGGAGACUACAACGGAUGGAAGCCGGCCGGUACCCGAGAGCUCAUCCCCGGUGUCCGUGACAACUUCGAGAUCUACAACAUUCCGAAGUUCAUACCUGAGCACGCUCAACGUCCCCACCCAGAUGUCGUCAGAGAGCAUUGGAAGACGAUCGAGGGAUUUUCGAAAUACGUACACUACAACAUCGUGAGAAAGCUUCUGGUGAUCUUCGCACUGGCGCUCGGACUCGAGGAUGAGGAGUGGUUUGUGAAGAGACAUCGAUACGAAAGGAGCAGCGGGGAUCACCUGAGGUACAUGAAGUACUAUGCCAGGAGUGAAGAUGAGAACAAGAAGCUUGAUGGGGUGUGGUUGAAAGGUCAUUCGGACAUGGGCAGCUUGACCUUGCUCUUCCGCCAGCCCGUAGCGGCGCUCCAAGUGCUGACCAACGAAGGCACUUGGAAAUGGGUGAAACCACAGACCGAUGCCUUGACCGUCAACAUCGCCGACGCGCUGCAAUUCCUCACGAACGGGUACCUCAAAUCCAGCAUCCACCGAGUCGUCGCACCCCCGAAAGACCAAGCGUACAUCAACCGAUUAGGCGUGAUCUACAUGGUCCGGAUCGAAGACGACACGGAGCUCGUCCCGAUAACCGAGUCUCCCGUCCUGCAGGAGCGCGGGCUGGCGGAUGGCGCAGUGCUGGGCAAUGACGGGAAGCCAGUAAAGGCCGGCGAAUGGGUUCGGGAACGAAUAAUCAAGAACCUGGGAAGCACGAGCACAGCCGCGGGUGACAAUGCCGUCGACGACCUUGAGGUCAUCAAGGGAGUCAAGAUGAAGUACUUUGACUGA